AGCCGUGCAACCCGCCCUACCUGUCGUAGAGAAGCAGACAAUCUGCUUCUUAUCUAAUUAUCUGCACUGGACUCAGUUACGAACAUAAGACAAAGUUCACAAUGAAGAGGUAUUUUCCGUGAACACAGAAGGCUUGCAAGGACGUGUUUGCGCGGUUCAUCUCCCAUGAAAGACUUUGUUGACAUAGUCAGUCUUUCAGCACUGUGACAACCUGUAUUUAUCCCUGAAACUAUUCAAACGCCGGCAAAGUGAAACCAAAAACAAGGUGGGUGUUUCCACCCCCGCGCCACGCACCGAGCUGUCAGCUUCACGACGGUUAAUCUGCACAACUAAAAGGAAAAUAAAAAGAUGGCCUCCAGUGCAGAGAAGGACCUGACCUGCCCCAUCUGCCACGACAUCUUCGUGCGGCCGGUGGUCCUGUCCUGCAGCCACAGCUUCUGCAAGACCUGCGUGCAGGCCUGGUGGACAGAGAAACAAGUAAACGAGUGUCCCGUUUGUAAAGCCAGGGCUUUGAGGGAGCCGCUGGAGAGCUCAGUCCUGAGGAACCUGUGUGAAGACUUCUUAAAGGAGAAGGAGAGGAAGGUUCCUGCAGAAACGGAGGCCCGCUGUAGCCUGCACGACGAGAAGCUCAAGCUGUUCUGCCUGGACCACCAGGAGCUUGUGUGUCUGGUUUGUCGAGAUUCAAGCGUGCACGCCAACCACAGCUUUAGACCCCUGAAUGAGGCCGCGCAGGAUCACAGGGAGCGACUCCGGGAGGCCCUGAGGCCCCUGAAAGAGGAGCUGGAGGUCUUUGAACGCACCAGAGAAAACUGGGACCAAACAGCUAAACACAUUAAAGUUCAGGGCAGAAAGACGGUGGAGAAGAUUAAAGAUCAGUUCAAGACAUUUCACCAGUUUCUCCACGAAGAAGAGGAGGCGAGGGUUAAUGCUGUCAGGGAGGAAGAAAAGCUAAAAAGUAAAAUGCUGAGGGAAAAGGACGAAGAUCUGAGCCGACAGAUAUCAGCGAUUUCAGACAUAGUCAGAGCCUCGGAGAAGGAGCUGAGAUGUGCUGAUGUCUCGUUUCUGCAGAAUUACAAAGCGGCAGUAGAAGCAGCCCAGCGGCGCCCCCUGCUGGAUGACCCGCAGCUGGCCCCGGGAGCUCUGAUGGAUGAGGCCAAACACCUGGGCAACCUGGGCUUCAACAUCUGGAACAAGAUGAAGGACAUGGUCUCCUACUCCCCAGUCAUCCUGGAUCCAAACACGGCCCACCCAGACCUCAUCCUCUCCGAGGAUCUGACCAGCGUGAGACACGACGGCGCCGUGCAGAAGCUCCCUGACAACCCAGAGAGGUUCGACUGUUCUUACAUGGUUCUGGGUUCUGAAGGCUUCAGCUCGGGGACUCACAGCUGGGAUGUCGAGGUUGGAGACACAUUUUGCACCCUGGGCGUGGCAGAAGACUCUGCCCCAAGGAAGGGAGACAUAGACUUUGGAUUGUGGAGCAAAGAGUUUUGUAGUGGACUACAUGCAGCCUUGUCCCCUCCAGGUACCAAAACUCCCAGGAGGAUCCGAGUUCUCCUGGACUGUGAUAAAGGAAAACUGUCAUUCCUUGAUGCUGAUACUGAAGAAAACUUUCACACCGUCAUACUCACUUUUUUUAAGAAUCUUUAUCCAUACAUUCGUAACAUUACGGAGCAAGUAAAAAUAUUACCAAAGAAAGUCUCUGUUACAAUAAAAUAGCUUAAUCAGCACAGAUAGACCCAUUUGGCCUUUAAUGGCAAUCCCUUAAAGUUGGGAAUCCCUAACAAUUAAAAUUUUAUAUUAAUAGGCUGUACUGACUGUCUGGAGGGGGCGAUUUAAACCUCUGUUUCCCAUCAAGCUUCCAGAGGCACCAAAGAAAUGGUGACAUUUUUAGAAGUAAAGUUUAUUUAGAAAGCGCUUUUUACGGUUCUGGGUCUCAGAAAAGCGCCAAGAGACCAUUUGUAGUGUUAGAGACGGUAUAUAAAUAAACUUGAAAUGAAAUUGAUUUGAAUUUCCACCAGGGUCAAAAUCUCCCCAACAGAUUGUCCAAGUUUUAUUGGUAGUUUUGUAAUAUCAUAGUCACAGUAAUUGUUACAAUUAAUUGACGAUUAUCAACCAAUGGAUUCCCAAUCACCAGCUGGGAACCUAUUUGUCAUUUAAAAGGGCUAUUCUGAGCUGCUGUUUGGUGUAAACGCCCAACUAUAUCUAGCUGGAACGUCUCGACCUCGUGCACCAGCUCAGGCUCCUUCCUCGUCAGAGGGGUGAUGUUCCCGGUCUCCAGAGAUUCUGCAGCCGAGGAUCGGAGACCACGGUUAGGAAUACAUUCAUUUGAGCCGUUGCAGGAGUUGCAGGGAACUGGGGGAAGGAUUAAAAAGGCCCAAACAUCAUUUGUGUGUUGAGUCCUGGCUCACACUCUUACGCAGGCAAAGCCUGCAUGAUACGGAGGUAUCACCUAUGUCUUAGUGUAGCUCUGAAUCACUUGAAGUAGUUCCCUUAUCUCAAGCAAAAAGAGCGGUUACUUUAGUACCCACUCCACAAUGUUUGGAGCGAAAGAAGACGAAGAGAGCCGACUGAUUGGGACCAAUCGGGCUCCAGCGAAGGGAGGGCCAAGUCUAAACCACGGUUCCUCGCCAUCAGUUUAGCCAAAUAUAUUGUAAUCAUUUAUCUAUUGUUUGCAUUUUUGUCAGUAGAAAAGGUCUGUGUGUAAGUUUACU